AUUCCUUAAAAAUCUCUGCGCGCCUGUUAGUGAAGAUUUUGUUUACAUCGAUUUUUAAAGAUAUUAAGAAGCUUAUCAAUUUGAUCUUAAUAAUUUACUUCAAUAAGAUGUUUUAAACUAACUUUAAUAUAAAUACAUUGGGUUCUUUUUUACAGAUGGUUUCAUUUUUUAAGUGAGGAUGACUUCGACACAAGACGAUCUAAGGUUACAAUUUGAAGCGAUCCAAGAAAAACAAAAAAAGAAAUUUGUUCGAAUUAAACAACAGCAAGCUGCGAAAUCUAAACAACAGAAUGGGGAUAAUGAAGAGUCUCUUACUCUAAGUGAUGAUUUAGGAUUAAUGGGAGCGGAUACGAUGCAGCAAGAUCAACUGAAAAACGAAUUUCAAAGUGCUAAAGAGGAAUAUACGAAUAGGAUAAGAUCCCUGGAAGAUGAAAAUGGUCGUUUACUCCAACUUGUUAAAGAGAAGGAAGUAGAAGCUAAAUUACUCAGGAAAAAAUGGGAGAAAGAUAAGAUUCUAUUAGAAACAUUUUCAGCGGGAUCAACUUCUGAUGCAGCGUCAACGAAGAUCGUAGAAUUAUCCAAAAAAGUACGAGAAUUAAAUGCCGAAUUAGAAAGUGAAAGGAACAAGAAUCGACUGUCCACACGUAGAAUCUACGAGUUGAGCAAUCAACUACAGAAUGGAGGAUCAGAAAAACCUAGAGAAAUCUUGGAUGAAGAGAAAUUACAACUAGAAUUAAAAGCAACCUCUGAAAAAUUGAGACAGAGCGAACUGAAAAUGGCUGAAUAUCGGAAUCAAAAUUCAAGUUUAAAACAGGAACUAAAACUGGCUCAAAAAGCACUUUCUAACGAAAUCGGUGAAAACACCAGCGUUCAAGCUGUGUUAAAGUCGGAUAGUACUUGGAGAGGAAGAUCUCAACAAAUUUUAAGUUUACAGCAAAAAGUAAGUGAAUUAAAAUCACAGUUAGAAGGCUCCGAAAUGGAUUUUGGUACUGGAAGUGCUGUGUCUGGUCGACGGACAGCCACCUUGGAUAUCCAACAUAAAGAUCAAAUUAGGAAAUUGGAAAAAGAUAGAAAAGAAAACUUACAAAAGAUGGGAGAAACAAUUUCAGAAUUAGAGAAGGAAAGAGAUGAUCUUAAAGGAAAAUUAGACGCAUCAAAGGCCAGAAACAAAGUUCUUUCCAACGAAAUUAAAUCGCUGAAAAAUCAAACUCAAACGUUACUAACUAAGAAUAACCACGAUAAUGAGCUAAUACAAGCAUUGAUGAAACAAAUAGAACAGUUACAGAAAGGUUUGGUGUCUGCCACUAAGAAUAAAUCUGACUCUAGCGAAAAAUUUAAUAAAAAUAUGUCUGAUUUGAAAGUGCAAUCGGAACAAUAUCUUAAUAGAAUAAAACAGUUGGAAAAUACUAUUCGUGAACGCGAUGAUCAUUUAAUAGAGCUUGAGAACGAGUUUGAUAGUUUGAAAAGAAAAACUUCUCAAUCCAAAACUCACUUUACUCAAAAGACCUCUAGAUUGUCACAAUGCAGAAUUGAACAUAAUAUCGCGGUCGUAACGAUCGAUUCUGAAGAAAUGGGUUCUGCCAGAAGAAAUAGCUCAAGAUUAUCUUCAAGAUCGUCUUCGCGAUUAGCCGAAACGCCGAGGGCAGACAUAGAACACUACAAAGUACUAAGUCAAACAGCUCAAGUUGAACGUGACAAAUUAGUCGAACUUAUAGGAGUUAUGCAAAAAAGGGUUCAAGAUAGUGAAGAAAAGAGACUACAAAGUGAACAACACUUAAAGUCAGAAAGAAAAAAGACUGCUAUCCUUGAGAAACAGGUUGGUAGACUAAAAAGCGAAGGAAGAAAACUCGAGGAAACAGAAACAGAUUUAUUAGCAACAAAAAUUGAUGAUUUAGAAAAUGAUAUUCUAUUUAAAAGUGAUGAAAUUGAUAUGCUGAAAAUGGCUUUAGAUAGAUCUAUAUCAGCAAAAGAAGAAGAUUUGAAAAUCUAUCAGCAAGUCAUAGAACAGACGAAGUCAAUGUUCAUUAAGGCAGUAAGACAAAAAUAAUUCGUUUAUCACAUUCAAUCGUUCCGUCCACUUUGAAUACAAAUAUAAUAUUUUAAUAAUUGAAUAAAUUAUUAUGC